AGUUGCAAUCUGCAACUAGGCCACUAAAUCCUGCAAACUGGACCUUUAAACUGAUUUCUGCAGCCCACCCAACCACUUCAAUAUACGCUGACUACAAUUGUCUGUUUUUCCUGCCAUUUUAGCAUAUUCAGAUCUCAGCAGUUUAAGUUAAAGGACAUCAGCUGAGUACGACAACAAGACGAUUUUCCUCCAAGAUGUUCUGUUCUGUCAGCAUGAAGGGGAAUAUCAGCAGUAUCCCAUCAAACCAAACAGCCAAGAUGACUUCUUUGAAUGUUUUUACCAUUUCCCUCCAUGGAAUGUUCUCUACCAUCGGCAUCAUAGAAAACCUCCUCAUCCUUGGAGUAGUGGGCUUCCAUGUCCGCCGCUCUGUCAUCAGCAUCUGGAUCCUGAACCUCGCAGCCUCUGACAUGCUGGCCACCUGUAGCCUGCCCUUCUUUACCCUCUACAUGGCCCGCGGUAACACCUGGACUCUGGGAAACACCUUCUGCCGCAUAAAUUCCUCCAUCUUCUUUCUCAACAUGUUUGUCAGUGGCUUCCUGCUGGCGGCCAUUUCUCUCGACCGCUGCCUGGUGGUGCUGAAACCUGUCUGGGCCCAGAACUACAGGAACACUCAGCUGGUAGGGAGGGUUUGUGGGGUGAUUUGGGCGAUGGCUGUGGUCUUCACUAUCCCCUUCUACAUAUUCCGUGACACCAUUGUCCUACCUGAUGGCAAGAUCCUGUGUUACUACAAUUAUGCUCAGUUACUCCCCAGUGAGCCCUAUGACUUGGGAUCUUUGUGUAAGCACCGCAAGGAGGCCUUGGCCUUCAUGAAGCUCUUUCUAGCCUUCCUGAUCCCUUUACUUGUCAUCAUCCUCAGCUAUGCUGCCGUGAAUGCUCGCUUGGCGCGGAGAGGCUGUCGACGCCCUUUCCGCUUUGUUCGACUCGUAAUAGCCGUGGUGGUGACCUUUAUACUCUGCUGGGCUCCGUACCACUUAUUCAUCGUCAUAGAGGUGAUUGCUCCCACUGGGAGUUCUGCACAGAAGCUGGCAGGCAGGGCCCUCCCGAUUGCAGCAACCAUUGGCUUCCUUAACAGUGUCCUUAACCCCAUUCUGUAUGUGUUCAGCUGCCCUGAUCUUUGCCAUAAGAUAAGACAUUCUCUGGGUGCGGUGAUGGAGAGUGUUCUGGCUGAGGACCUGGCAGAGCUCCGACGCCGAAGCACCGCUCGCAGCUCUAUCAGUACCAGUGAGAUGGUGUUGAAACCGAAGAAUUCUAUUACAAACAUGACUCUGAACACAGAAGUGCAAGAGCAUGAUUAAAUUCUUGUUAACCUUGCUCAGAACUGAGCAAAAAGGUAUCGUAAAUUCUCUAAUAGUGGCCAGGCUGCCCAGAGAUCCAGCCUUUAUUUGAAAAGGGCCCCCUGCUAUUAUGACCAUUACUGAAUCCUGGCUUUUUAUUUUACAAUUAUGGUAUUUAAAAGGUCUCAACCAAGUGUUUCCAAGUGUGUUAGCUGGUCAAUAUCACAGUGGCAUUAAUUUUUUAUAUUCCCAAGAACAUUCAAGGGUUUAGUCAUCUUUACUAUACAGUGUGUACGGAUGACCUCCACAUUAAGUACAUGAAGUGCAUGAAAACAAACAAAAAGCAAAAAAAAAACUAAAAAGCAAGAAAUGUUGUCUUGUCUUAAUAUGAUGCUAUAUAUAAUAUGGGUGCUCAAUUGAUGUGUACAUUUGUUUGAAUGACUCAUACAUUAUUGCUUCUUUACAGUUUGUUGCUUUGUGAUAAAAGAGUUUUGAAUAGAGGUGUCUCUCACUAGAUGUUGCCAGUAGCCACAGAAGCUGACACAAGCUAAUUUUAGAUACAGUUUGCGUUUGCUAUAGAUUAGCCCAUUGUGCUCAUAAUAGAGAAUAGAUGUCAGUCAUGAAAGUUAAAUUGUAUAUCUGCUUCUUCCAUGCAAUGUAAUGUACAUACUUUUUGAUGCUGUUGAAUUUCUAAACAUUAAUAAACAGAAAGAAAAGCA